AGCCGACCAGACACACAGAGAGCAGGUACCUCCACCUGCUGGUCGGUCUGAUAACUACAGCCAGGCGGAGCAACAUAUUCUUCAUUACCGAGCAGUCCAGAUUGAAGGAGGACAGAGAGGCAAGCCGUGAAAGCGAGCAGAUGUGAACCGGACUACGAAAAGAGAACAAGCUGCAGCGAAAAACGGAAAACCUUUGAUACUGCUAAUAUGUGGCAACCCGCUUCGGAGCGAUUGCAGCACUUUCAGACCAUGCUGAAGACCAAGCUAAAUGUGCUGACGCUGAGGAAGGAGCCCUUGCCCACGGUGAUCUUUCACGAGCCUGAGGCCAUCGAGCUCUGUUCCACCACACCGCUCACAAAGAGCAGGACUCAUGCUGGGUACAAGGUGGCCUACCUGGGUAAGGUGACUAUCUCCGGGACCCAGUUCCUGUCUGGCUGCACAGAGUCGGCGGUGGUGGGUCUUGUGGAGCGUCGUGACCUUGCUCAGCAGCAGGGCAGCUGCCCCGAAGGCAACUCUCUGCUGGAGAUCCGGCCCUUCCAGGUGCGUCUUCACCACCUGGAUGAGCACGGCGAGGCCUCAGUAACCAUGGACACCUACCAGGUGGCGCGGAUCGCCUACUGCACAGCCGACCACAGCGUCAGACCCAACGUAUUCGCUUGGAUCUACCGGGAGAUCAACGAUGACCUGACCUUCCAGAUGGACUGCCAUGCUGUGGAGUGCGAGAGCAAGCUGGAGGCCAAGAAAUUGGCACACUCGAUGAUGGAGGCUUUCCGCAAGACUUUCCACAGCAUGCGCAGCGAUGGGCGCAUCCACAAGAGUGGCUCAUCGGACGAAUUUGCUGAGGACUCAUCCAGCCCUGAAGACUCGACCCCAGACGACGGUUGAAAUAAAACUCCCCUAAACUCCUGAUCUCCAUCCUAACUAAGCGAGGGGGUGACCGGAAGGAUGGACAGAUUACCUGCUCUCUCUCAUUCUCCCACCUACUAUCUCAUUCUGUUAUCAAUUUGGAACAAAAUUAAGUGAACCUGUGAACCAACACACCCAGGAUAAUGAAGUAGCUUUUUAAUACUGUAAAUGGAAGGUAGAUGAAAAAAGGAGUUACAAAAGACCUACAUUUACAUACAGGGAUAGCAAAGUGCUGCCACAUUAAAUAACUGGCCCUCAAAGACACACAGGGGUCUUUUAAGGACCUCUGUAAACGCCCUCAAGAGAUUGACUCGACAUUGCCAUCUCCAUUUUCAACCACUGUCGCUCCUGCACUCAGCGGAGACUCGGUUUGUGGUUCUUAAGCUUUUUCACCCAGGAAACGACAACAUUUAGUCCCUGUUCUUCUGACCCCAGCUCAUGACAACCUAUUGCUACUCUUGCCAUGUAGGGACCCAGCAGAAUAGGCCUGUGACCUAUUUUGGGUCCCAACCCAGAGUUUAUGAGACUGUUGGAGCACAUAAAUUCUUUAAAUGUUUAAUUAUGUGGAUCGAUCUCUGUUACAAUGCCUUUUGGCCUUGCUAUUUGCGAAUGAGGAUGUGAAAGAAAA